AUGGUUGGUGCUAGUUCCCACAUCACGCUAAAUUAUAGAUGGGUUCACACAGCCUGUUGGUGGUGGUCGUUCACACAUCAGGCUAAGCUGGAGAUGGGUCCACACAGCCUGCGGAAACUUGGAGAAUUGUUGGUAAUGGUUCACACACUACCCGAUGGCUACUUUUCCCACCGGCCGAAGGAGAAGACACGCACAGACAGCAACAACGAGAACUCUGUCCCCAAGGACUUUGAAAACAUUGACAAUAGCAAUUUUGCUCCCCGGUCCCAGAAGCAGAAGCAUCACCCAGAACUGGUGAAAAAGCCCAUCAGUGCACAGAAGGAGCGCCUACGGAGAAAGCUAGAACAGGCGGAGAAAGCCAAGGAGAACGCUCUCCUCGGGAAAAACUCCAACGAGCGGCCGCCCUUGGGCAAUUCUGCCCCCAAACCCAACAACAAUGGCAACCCUUUGAAAGACACCCCAAAAUCCCCCAGACAGCCUCAUGUGAAACGGGGUGGGAAUGGCUCUCCUGAGCUUGGAUACGAUCAGCUGCCAAAAUGUGACAUCUCAGGCAAGGAGGCCCUCUCGGCCCUCUCCAGGGCCAAAUCCAAGCAGUGUCGUCAAGAAAUUGCCGAGACGUAUUGUCAACACAAGCAAGGGAAGCUGAUGCCCGAGCAGGUGACUCGUUUCUGCCCGCUGGAAGGAAAAGCCAAUAACAAUCUCCAGUGGGACGAGGACUUCAUAGAAUACAUGCCAGCUGACCCGGUCAAGAUUGCCUUUGUCCUGGUCAUCCAUGGCAGAGCUUCUCGCCAGCUGAUGCGCAUGUUUAAGGCUAUAUAUCAUCAGGAUCACUUUUAUUACAUCCACGUUGACAAGCGCUCCAAUUAUUUACACCGGCAAGUGCUCCAGUUCGCAAGCCAGUAUCCGAACGUGAGAGUCACCUCCUGGCGCAUGGCCACCAUCUGGGGUGGCGCUAGUCUUCUCUCCACCUACCUCCAGAGCAUGCAAGACCUCUUGGAGAUGAAGGACUGGCCCUGGGACUUCUUCAUUAACCUCAGCGCUGCGGACUACCCUAUCAGGACAAAUGACCAGCUUGUCGCGUUCCUGUCCAGAUACCGCAACAUGAACUUCUUGAAGUCUCACGGAAGGGACAAUGCAAGAUUUAUUAGAAAACAAGGCCUGGAUAGGUUGUUCCUGGAAUGUGAUACCCACAUGUGGAGACUCGGGGACCGGAAAAUUCCAGAAGGAAUCACUGUGGAUGGCGGUUCCGAUUGGUUCCUGCUGAACAGGAAGUUUGUCGAAUACAUCACGUUUUCAACUGACGACCUGGUGACCAAGAUGAAACGCUUCUAUUCCUUUACUCUGCUCCCUGCUGAGUCUUUCUUCCACACUGUCUUGGAAAACAGUCUUCAUUGUGACUCCAUGGUGGACAACAACCUGCGUAUCACAAACUGGAACAGAAAGCUGGGGUGCAAAUGUCAGUACAAGAAUAUUGUGGAUUGGUGUGGCUGUUCCCCCAAUGAUUUUAAGCCAUCGGAUUUUCACCGGUUCCAGCAAACGGCAAGACCAACCUUCUUUGCACGCAAGUUUGAGGCGGUCGUCAAUCAGGAAGUCAUCUCUCAGUUGGAUUAUUACCUCUAUGGUAACUAUCCUUCUGGUACCCCAGGUCUUCGGUCCUACUGGGAGAAUGUGUACGAUGAACCAGAUGGGAUCCACAGCAUUAGUGAUGUUGCAUUGACUCUCUACCACUCUUUUUCCCGUUUGGGCCUGAAGAAAGCAGAAACGUCCUUCCAUAUGGAUGGCGAAAACAGUUGCCGAUACUACCCAGUGGGACAUCCAGUAUCAGUCCACCUCUACUUUCUCGCUGAUCAUUUUCAGGGCUUCCUCAUCAAACAUCACACGACCAAUUUGGCUGCCAGUAAAUUGGAGACCUUAGAAACGUGGGUUAUACCUAAGAAGGUGUUCAAGAUUGCAAGCCCCCCAAGUGAUUUUGGAAGGCUACAGUUCUUGGAGGUUGGAACAGAUUGGGAUGCGAAAGAGAGGAUAUUCCGCAAUUUUGGAGGUCUUAUUUCCCCAACGGAUGAGCCGGUGGGCAUGCAGAAGUGGGCGAAAGGUCCCAACGUCACCGUGACAGUGAUCUGGGUGGACCCCAUCAACGUCAUCGCUGCCACCUACGAUAUCCUGAUCGACUCCAGUGCUGAGUUCACACAUUACAAGCCGCCUCUGAAUUUACCCCUCCGGCCCGGGGUCUGGACGAUUAAAAUCCUACAUCAUUGGGUCCCUGUGGCAGAAACCAAAUUCUUGGUCUCUCCUUUGACAUUUUUGAACAAGCAAGCCAUCCGACAAGAAGAAGCCACCAAGCUGCACGGUGGACCUCCGAAGAACUCCUACAUGGAGCAGAGCUUCCAAGGGCUCAACCCUGUGCUAAACAUCCCAGUCAGCGCUGGCCAGGUGGAGCAGUUGAAGAAGAAUGCCCUGUUGACUGGCAGCAAGCUGGAGAGCUGGGUGGACAGUUUGGUGGGAAGCACGUGGUCAGCGGUUGACGUCUGUACUACAGGCCCAACUGCCUGUCCUGUCGUGCAGGCCUGCAGCCAGACCUCCUGGAGUUCCCUCAGCCCGGACCCAAAGUCCGAACUGGGGCCCGUGAGACCGGAUGGACGCUUGAGGUAG